AUGUCUUGGUCAUUCUACUCAAUACAGGCCUAUCGACGACAGCUAUCUUUCAUAGGACCAACAAACACACAAUUUUUUGCUCCAUCAACAGCUGAAACCUCCACCAACAAUGCACUGGGCCGUCGUGGUACAGAUGAGCGACCAGGUUGCUCGAAUCCUCCCAAAAAGAGGAGGAAAUCGGAUCCUUCUGAAGUGCCCAGCCUAACCGCCCGCUCGCCACCAAACUCUCCUCCACGAACCCCUCAACCUCCUCAGGUUAACAGUUUCGGGUCCGGAUCCUUGGAAACCCCUCCCGCAACGCAAGCUGAGGGUUCCGAAUACAGCGCAAAUGCUCGAGCAGGCCUCCUUCUGGAUCACCCCCAAGUGCAGAGGGUACCCCUUCAAGAAAUGAUCGACGCGCUCUUUCCCUCGAAGGAGGACCUACACAUCGAGGAACUGUGGACAUUGUUGAAGGAAAAGAGAGCCGUUACGCGCAACGAUAAAUGGAAAGCUUCAUUGGUUCCACCUUCUCCCAAAAAAGUAAAAGCGCGCGAGACGAAAGUCUUCAAGUUCGUUGAGCGCCUGAACGAUGCGGUACUGGACGCAUAUGACGAACUUCGGAAACGGUUUCCAUCACUUCCAGAACGUAGUACCAAUCAUGUCGUGAAAGGGGAGAAGACGCCGCACUCAAACAGGCAAAACCGUUUCAGACCGGAUGCAGCAGUCGAAAUCGGCGAGGCGAUUUGCGAGGAUUUGGAAUCUGGUUGGGAUUGGGACUGGUUGAAGAUCGUGUGCCCGGGAAAAUUCAAAAGGUACAAUACACCGCUGUAUGAGUUGGAUAACUACCAAAAAGUGGUAUGGUCGAUGAACGAGGUGAUGCGCAAUGACCCGAGGCGUCGUUUUGUUUUCGGCCUCACGAUUGAAAACACGACUGGCCGUCUGUGGUUCCAUAACCGAGCCAACUUGGUGGCAUCGCAACCCUUCGAUCUACAUGACGACAGGAAACAUGUCGCCCAUAUCCUGGUUGCGCUGGGAACAGCCGAUCGUGUCCGCCUAGGUUACGACGAUACCAUUACCCUCCAUGAUCGCCAGGAGAACGAGAACAUCUUCGAUAUUCAGGUCUUCGACCAAGACAAAAACGAUGGCCGGCCCACAACCUACCGCACUGUCAGACGGAUAGCCGACUACAGUGCUGAUGUGCUUACCGGUCGUGCGACUCGGGUCUGGACAGUACGAAGGGUUGAAAAUGGUGAGAUGGUUGGUGGAGAGCUUGCCCUGAAGGAUACUUGGGCAAACGAUGACCGCCCCAGGGAGCACGUCUAUCUAAACGAGAUCCGGCAAAAACUCGGGAGCGACCCCCGCUUGAGGCACUUUUUGACGUGCACCACAGCAGGCUGGGUGCCUGCUAGCAAGAGCAACCCGGCUGAACAGGAUCACACCCUCAGAACCCACCACAAAGGUGUAUGUUUUACCAGCAAGGAUUACCUGGAUUUGCUUAGACCUCCGCCAGAGCCAGCGGAAGGCAAGGAUCCCAAACAAAUCACUGCCACAGAUCACAUGACGCCAGUGAAUGGCAACCAACGUAUUCAUUAUCGCAUUGUAUUCGAAGAAGUUGGGCGACCUCUCACGACCCUCGACACUUUUGAUCAAAUGUUUUUCGCGUUACAAGGGGUGCUCUGUGCUUGCGGAGCGAUGCAUUCUACAGGCCAUAUCCAUCGAGAUGUUAGUGCAAAUAACAUCCUCAUUGUGGAACGAAAUCCCCAGGCACCUUGCAAUUGCCCUCAAUUGCUGGAAGGAGGAAAGGAACUUGUUGGAGUCAUUAUGGACUUCGAAUAUAGUUUUAACAUUCAUUGCGAGGCAGAAACGCAUCCUACUCAGCCCGACACUUGGCAGUUCAUGGCUUCGGAAGUUCAACAUCAAUCUUACCUCUUUCUACCGCUAAACUUGAGCGGUUUCGACGAGCUGCGCAAAAUUAGCCCUUGGGUUCAACAUGCUCUCCAUGAUAUUGAAGCCGUUUUCUGGAUCGCAGUCUGGAUACUUUUCAAGUACCUGACCCCGUCAGUUUCCCCUGUCCAGUCAUAUAAAUACCACUACCACCGCCUCUUUCACGUUCGUCGCAUCUUGAAUGCCCAUGACCUUUAUGCGACUGUUCAGCGAGGACUUCCAGCUCCUUACCAAUCCUUCGCAACAGAUCUCCAUGCCUGGGGUUUGUUUCUCCUUAGAUGUUUUGAAGAUAUCUAUAGCAAAGCUGUUGACGCAGACCUUAACGUGGAUAUUGUUGUAUUUGCAAAACAGAGUCCAGCUGUGGUCAAAGGAAGUAUCGAUCAUCUGGCAAGCAUGCGUAUGAAAGCAAGCACUCCAGAGCUACGGGGGAAACUGGAAGAUGCCAAGAUGCAGUUAGCUCGACAAGAGAAGAGGAAGUGA